AUGAAUCCAUCAAUCGAAGACGACUACGAAAUCAUCGACGUUCAGACACGGCCACCACCAGCGGUCGCUCCAAGAGAGGACAAGGCCUUCGACGAUCUCCUAGCCGCGAUGCAGCGCACAGUCCGGAACUCGGCCCUGGAAAGGCCUAUCUUCCACGCUAGACUGGUAGAGUCUGAAGCCAAUACCUCACUCUUCCAAAUAUUCCUCGACAAUCUCCCUGAGGCAGAACUCCGACCCCACAACUGCAGAGCGUGUCGUCGUUUCAUCGACAAGUAUGGUGACCUGUGUGUGGUUAACGAUGACGACGGAUCUUUGACCCCUCUACUUUGGCCGGAAGACGUCACGGAAAUCCCCCAGAUUUACCAGAAUGCUGUCGGUGCUAUCAGCAGCCUCUUCAAGGGGAAGGUGGUCUACAGCAACUAUGUCAUUCGCGUAGACAAACACAAGCAGCUCGGGACUCUAAAGGCGGAGGAUGUAGAGUGGUGGCAUUUCCACGUCGUUCUAGAGGACGCUCCUAUCAGGGACGAUUCCGGGGCCCUUCCUUUCGAUACGGCGUACGAGAUGCUAUCCCGUGUUCUUGCCGACAACUCUUUGGAGAACAUCAAUAAAGCGCACUCACUCAUUCAAAACAAACUCCCCUACUCGACUUCUCACAAGCCGGCGAUUAGUUGGCUGCAGAAGGUGGCCAUCAAGCUCCACCGCCUUGGCAUGCUAGGAGACCGCGACAGCGUUUCCAGGCGAAAUCUCCUCCAUUUCCAUGCUCGCGAGGCUUGGACUGGCUGUUUGUCAUCGUUACGCGGAGGGGUGAUUGGGGAACUUUUGGGAUGGGUCUCGGAAGGUCUGGAAUACGAGAUGAUAGAGCGCAAGUGGUCAGCCCUCGCCAACCCCUUAAACUACCUUCGUCCAACGGCUACACCGUCGCUGCGAAAUAUCGAGGCAGCAGAGAAGGCACUGCAACAGCUUGGUAUGACGAGGGAAGAUUUAAGGAGGUACCUCCUAGCCACCGACGAGCUUCCAGAUAAAGCCAUACUUUGGAAGAGUGAAUCCCUGUGGAGCGCUGCGUCGCAGUCGAACUCGGCAGCGACCACAGACGAGAUCUUUGGGAGCUUGAAGGCGCAAGUGCAACGCAAGAGCGCAGAAACAACUUCUGGCCCCGGCGUCGGUGAUAACGCUCCUCCUACCUCCAUCUCAUUCCGCCAAUUUGUUCGCCGCGUCCUUCCAACGAUCAGUUCCCUCGAGCUUCACCUCGGCAUGUACGAAAGUGCGACUUUCUUCACUCGAGGAUCUCCCGGAUCCAAGUCUCCGUUUGUUUUCGACUCGAUGAAUCGUGAAAAUACCAUGUCGUGGUACUACUGGCGGUCCUCGAAGCAUGUGGAGAGCGCUAAUCUGAAGGCAGGGUGGAACCAAGUCAGCGCUAUCGCAACGUUCCCCCACGUAUGGGACUACCUCUCUCCGCAAGAGGCAUUGGAAUGGGACAAGUCCACCGAGCCGGAGGGGCGUGAAUGGAUCCAUUCGAGGCAUGAUGUCCGUUACCUCUUCUGUUUGAACGGAGCGAUGGAAUCGGAUACUAUGGGUCUCUGCCUGUUUCCUACCACGCUGAAAAAUGAGUUCCAUAGUAUCAGGAAGACAAUCGAAGCAUUCAGUGCGGCGGGUAGGAUGGAGUGGCCAUGGAACGAGAAAGAUGGGAAGGUCCAGGUUGGGGGGAUCGCGGUUGGAAAGGAAUACUGGGUCGAGCGAUUGGUCCGCGUUAGAACUGACAAGGACAUUGUAACGCAGUAUAAGAUUACCUUGUUCGAGUAG